AUGAACUGCUUUCGUCCUACACCCAGCCCACUGGGCGACAACCUCGUGGGUCUCGUGCAUCCCCGUGCCCCUGCAGGCCGCCUGUGCACUGGAGUUGUAGACAUGACGACAUCAAGUCUAUACUACCCGUUGCCACACACCGAUAACUAUUCGCCCAUUUCGUAUGUCGACGACUUCGGAGCCAAAAGGGAAGCGUCUCGUGCACUGCUCUAUCUCACGAGCACGAAAACCGACGGACUGACGCAGUUACGCUUCGCCAGAAAGCCGUCUCCAACGUCAAGCGCAGUCGCAGACAAAAGCUUGGACCAAGACACGGACCCUUACCACCGCAAACGCGCUGAGGUGCACGAAGCCCGUCGACGGGAGCAAUGUCGAGCAAACCAAGCUCGCUACCGUGACAAGCAGAGACACGCCCAGCUGGCGCUCGAGACGAGUGUUGGGCAACUGAACCAGGAGCUCGUCACUUUGAAGCGAAAGUUUCGCGACGUGUCGUCUCGCAAGAGGAGUAACCAGACUCCGUGGUCGAUCACGGUCGAGGUCUUUCGACUGAUCGAAGCUAGUUUCUGCUCGCCAUGGCGGAUGACCAGCACUCAAGAGAUGAAAAGACACGCAGAGACGCGGUACACCAUGACGGUGUUGGAGCAAGCGUUUGCACACGACGCGGCCAUGGGGGACUUGCAAGGGGUCGACACGUUGCUCGAGCAGCUCCGAUUGUACUCGCAGUACUUUGGCACGCCAAGUCUGCAGCUGCAACGGAUCGAAUCCGUGACUCCUAUUGUACUGGCUGCUCAAGCGACACUCAGCAUGACAGUGACUGAGUUCACGUUACGCCACAUGUUCCCGCACGUGAUGGACCUGUCGAGUCAAGACCACGGAAAAGACGGUGACGAGCUGCUGUACCAGCGUCUUUUGGACCAGCGUCUCGAAUGUAACUGCUCGAUGACGUUCUUCUUCGACGAGGACCGUGACCGCGUAGUGCGAGUAUCAAUCGAUAUCGAGUUGAUACCGGCGCUGCUUCGUGUGUUGGGAAGCCUCUCGGACGUGGCUGAAGUGCUUGAGCAUGCGAAGAUUUCGCUGGAAAGCGUCGUCGGCGAUGUCGACGGUGACAGUGCAGCAAGCGAAACCCGCUCGCACACCUGGUCCGUAUCAUAG